AUGGUCCCUCGUCGCGGGGAGGAAUGGGCCGUGCUGGGUCUACGGAGAAACCUAGGCCUCGUCUCCUCGUCCCGGAGCUACCCCGCCCAGAUUCACCCAAUCUUGGGUAUCGACCCGGCUCCCGUUCCCGAGUCGCUCUCUAAGGUGGAAGGAGAGAAUCCUGCAGUUAGCCAGGAGCCCAGGCCCUCCGUCACAUGGAACCUAGGCUCGCCCAUUGCUUGUGCGGUGGCCCCUCAGGCGACCACCAGUUCUGGCACCAGCCCGGCCUCGGCCUUCUUCCGGCGCAGUAGGCUCGGCAGCCGCCCUGAGAUCUGCUUCCUGCGGCCGCGGACCGCUCAGUCGCCGGUGCUCUUCAGCUUAAUGAAUUCCAGUGAAGCAGCAGUGAAAAAAUUUUUACCCAAGAGCCACUUAUCUCGGGUGAUUAUUCGUGACAACCUCAGUGCACAACGAAUCUAUGAGAUGGAGGUAAAAGCUUCAGACAAGACCAAGAAAAAGAUGGGCCACUUGUAUGACCAUCUGAAAAAAAAAUUCAUGACAGACCAGCUCAGAAAGCUGGAGCGCUGGCGACGGGAAUCCAUGAAUGUCCCGCAGUACCUGGAUAGCAUCCAAGUGUACAAGGAGCCUAACAAGAAAGACCAACCACCCUAG